CUCCCAAAGCCAACAGCCUGUCGACAAACCCGUCAAGCCCCAUCAGUCCGUCGCGAUGAUGUCUCAAUCCCUCAGAUCCUCGGUCUCGUUUUUGAGCCGAGCUGUCCGCCAGCAGAGCCCGAUUGUCCGUCGAAGCUUUGCUACUACUCCCAUCAGACGAGCCGACCCCGUACAGGACCUCUAUAUCCGUGAACUCGCAGCCUACAAGCCCGCUCCACGCAAGGCCAAUGACGCCGACGCUCAUGUUCAGAAGUUCGUUGCUCCCAGCCCCCCUCCAUCCCCCGAGGAGAGCAACAUCUCUGCCGAUCUGAAGGCCUACGAGACCCAGGCUGUUGAGGUUGAGGGCCAGGGCCAGGAGGCCGGUGAGCCCACUCCUAUCGAGGAGGACUGGCUCGAGAUGGACGAGGAGAAGCCUGCUGCCCACUAAGUCACUCGUUCCGUCCGAUGGCCAGAUGUGUUUGAUCGAUAGAAUAGAGAGAUAGGAUGGGAUAUCAGCAUGUAUAGUUACACA